AUGGCAACACCGAGCAGCACAAUCUCGAAAGUCUAUUGGAGAGUCCAGCCAAUCGGCAGGGGAGAAUCGUUGGAAGACCAGCCUCCUUAUUUCAGCAGAUUGAAAUGUAAGCCUGUCGCCAGCGCCGUCAGGAAACAGAUCGAGAAUUUAGUUCCUCUUGUUCCUUAUCGCGCAAGAAGAUUUUCUUGGACGCGGUUUUGGACAGUGGACACGCUGGACGCGGAGCAGGACCCACGCAGGAGGCACAACCCGGACACCGUAUUCUUCUUUUGCGGCUUUAACGCAAUGGAGCCAGCUUUCGGUGAGGUGAACCAACUCGGCGGUGUUUUCGUGAACGGCAGACCGCUCCCCAACGCCAUCCGGCUCCGGAUAGUGGAGCUGGCCCAGCUCGGAAUUCGACCCUGUGACAUCAGCAGGCAGCUGCGAGUCUCCCACGGGUGCGUCAGCAAGAUAUUGGCCCGCUACAACGAGACCGGCUCCAUCCUCCCGGGGGCCAUCGGAGGCAGCAAGCCGCGGGUCACCACACCCACCGUGGUCAAGCACAUACGGACAUACAAGCAGAGAGACCCGGGGAUUUUUGCCUGGGAGAUCCGGGACAGGCUACUCGCCGACGGGGUUUGCGACAAGUUCAACCUGCCGUCCGUCAGCUCCAUCAGUCGGAUCCUCCGCAACAAGAUCGGGAAUCUGUCGCAGCAGAGCCAGUAUGAGUCAGGCAAGCAGGGGCCUCACCCACCGCCACAGCCUACGUUACCAUACAACCACUUAUACUCAUACCCGACGUCCAAAGUGCCCACUCCCCCCGGCAUGCCCACCCUACCCGGACACAUGGCCAUGCACAGGAUAUGGCCUUCUUCGCACUCUGUGACAGAUAUUCUGGGGAUACGGUCUAUUACAGAGCAACAAAUUAGUGACAGUCCAUCCUUUCCCAGCGCCAAACUAGAAGAAUGGAGCGCUAUAAACAGGACUAAUUUCCCUCCAGCAAGUUCUCCACUAGUCAAUGGCGUGGAUAAACCGCAUUUAGAACCUGAAGCAAAAUACAAACAGACGCCGAAUGGAUUGCCCACAGUGAACAGCUAUGUCACAGUGCCCAGCAUGCCUCCCUACCACCCUCCCACCCAAGUGUCACCCUACAUGGGGUACAGCGCCACCACGUCGGCUUAUGUGACCGGACCCACAUGGCAGCCGGCCAGUGGCAGUGCUCUAUCUCCCCACAGCUGUGACAUCGCCACCCCUCUGGCCUUCAAGAGCAUGACGGCCAACCGUGACGCCAUUCACCCAGUCAUUGCCUCGGCGCUGUGA